UAACCUGUUAGUUUUUUUUUUCCUUGUGUAUUUUCAAUUAAACGUGCCGGAGAUAUAAAGCCUAGCCUACGUACAUGUUCACCUGUAUAGUGUCUACCACUAUAAUCCCUUCUAUGCAAUUUCUUCCGGGAAACCGAGUCAACUGCGUUUGGGUAGAAGAGACGAAGCGAGAUGAUGUAGUCCUGUUUGUUCACAAUAUACAGACCGAUAAGCAGACCACCUACCUUUCCGCCUUUGGGACAACCACUCCCAUCAAAGCGGAGACAAUACCAUUUAGUCAUUAUAUACAGUAUCUUUGGUUUGGGCGAGUUUCGUUGGUGACGUCUGUCGCCAGUACCCGCCCCGUUCAGUUAUCGCCUUGCUUUGCUGCAUAGACCGCGCAGGAACCUGGACCAAACGAGGCGGAAUUUCAGUUGCUUAUCCAUCAUCGAUAUGGGAAUUAUACCAUUCUUUCAGAACCAAGCUCUUAUCCCAUACUAUCUGAAGCCAGUCCACUUCGAGACACAGACUAUAAAAACUGCCGGUUGAAGGAACACCAGCAGUAGAUUGUUAUUAUUGCCUUAGCCAGUACAGCAUUUACAGAAUAUGUUUCCUGCUGAUGCAGGGAUGAUAUACCACCUUUUGCGAUGAGAAGUAGCCUAACGUUUUCUCAGAACUGGAGAUGGGCAUUUUCUAAAUUGUCCUAGUUGAUUUUGGGAAAAUGCUCUGGACAAUUUUAGUGCUCUGUAUGUCUGUGACGAGUUUGGUCUCACUCCCCCUCCCCUCAAAAUUGUGAAAGGGUCCCGCCAGGUCCCCAGCCCUCACAUCAGCGAGAACAACAUGUGCUUCUGAGCCAAACGGGGAGCAGCAGCGGAGGAGGCUGGUAUUUUAUUGUCCCGCUCCUGAUGAGAUUGCUCUGAGAAUAUUAAUACCUCCCACCCCACAUCUCUGAGAUGAAUCAGGGCGCUCCCGUUUCUCUGCUACUGUACAGUGUAGUCGGUGAGGCCUCCAGCCAGCCUCUGACACCCAGCCGAGGCACUGAGACAGAGGCCCUGUCUGCCCGCCACUACUACCACACAGACCCCAGCACAGGCAUUCAGCUGGUCUGUGACAAGUGCCCCGCGGGCACCUUUGUUUCCAGACACUGUACCCAGACCAGCGUGAGGGAUUGCAGCCGCUGUGACGAGGACACAUUCACUCACGGAGAGAACGGGAUUCAGCAUUGCCAUCGCUGCAGGAGGACCUGCCACGCCCCCCUCGUUGAAAAGGUCCCCUGCACGGCCACCUCGGACCGGAUCUGCACAUGCCCUCCGGACACCUUCACCCAGGGGGACAGCUGUACGGCCCACUCCCUGUGCCCUGUGGGCUCAGGGGUUAAGAAGAGGGGCAACGAUGUGGAGGAUGUGCGCUGUAAGGUGUGCGCACGGGGGAGUUUCUCUGAUAUGGCCUCCAGUGUGUUGAGGUGCAGGACACACACAGACUGCCUGACCCACGGUCUGCCCCUACUGGCGAUGGGCACUAGAGAGACAGACAACAUCUGUGGACCUGCUUCUCCCACCUCCCCCACCAUCUUGGGACCUGCACAGUCUGCCUUCGUCCAGGAGCCCUCCUCUUCCUCCUCCUCAUCUGGCCCAGUACGUAAAGACAACUUCAGACUGACAGCAGGUGCUGAGGACUUAGAGCUCUUACUGAGUGCCACAGGGAUUCUACCCAGCUAUGGCCAAGAUUCCCCCCCAGCAGGCUCCUCCGAAGCCAGCCCCGAAGACAAUGGAGAGAUCCUGAACCUAGCCGCUACGCCUGAAGCCCAGGACUCCACACGGACUCUACCACACCAAAAGUACUCUGUUUCCAGUGAUAAUCACCGCACCCACCCGGCGGCCAACAACCGGGCCAUGGAUGGCAUGGAGGAUGGAGCUGGUGUGGGAGUGGGCAGAUGGGUGCAGAGCUCAGGGUACAGGCCCACGCGGAGGGGCUCCCCCAGACCCAGCACUCAUACGCACUUUGACAUCAAUGAGCACCUGCCCUGGAUGAUCGUUCUGUUGCUGCUGCUGGUGCUGGUGGUGAUCGUGGUGUGCAGCGUGAAGAGGAGCUCCAGAGUUCUGAAGAAGGGUCCAGUCCAGGACCCCAGCAGCAUCAUUGAGAAGGCAAUCCAGAAGAAGACCUGCCCCCCGACACAGACCAAGGAGAAGUGGAUCUACUACUCCAACGGACAGGGUGUGGACAUCCUGAAGUUGGUGGCAGCUCAGAUUGGCAGCCACUGGAUUGACAUGUACCAAUCCCUGGCCAAUGCCACGGAGCGUGAAGUGGCAGCAUUCUCCAACGGCUACCAGUCGGACCACGAGCGUGCAUACGCUGCCCUGCAGCACUGGACCAUCCGCGAUGGGGACGCCAAUUUGGCUAAGCUCAUCAACGCCCUGCACCGCCACCGCCGUAUAGACGUGGUGGAGAAGAUACGGGGCAUCAUGGAAGACAAUCCUCAGUUUAAUCUGAACCAGCUGAUGACUGUGAAUGUAACCCCGAGCCACAGUCCUGUCCACAAGUCUUUGGAGUCUCCUGGGGUGGUGGUGGAGCAGUCUCCUGUGGACCGGACCAAGGGCUUCUUCCCCGACGAAUCAGAGCCUCUGCUCCGCUGUGACUCCACCUCCAGCAAAGACUCCGCCCUCAGCAGGAACGGCUCAUUCAUCACCAAAGAGAAGAAAGACACGGUGCUACGUCAGGUCCGGCUGGACCCGUGUGACCUGCAGCCCAUCUUCGACGACAUGCUGCACAUCCUAAACCUUGACGAGCUGCACGUCAUCGAUGCGAUCCCCAUGGCAGAGGACAAACUGGACCGCCUCUUCGAGAUUGCCGGGGUCAAGAGCCAGGAGGCCAGCCAGACCCUGCUGGACUCGGUCUACAGCCACCUGCCUGAUCUCCUAUAGGCCCACUGCUGUGAUGCUACAGACCUAUACUGUGGUCAGGGGACGCCCCACUUCCUUCUGCCGCAAACCCCUCCUUUUCGGUGUGGCUACUUGGGUGUGCCCCCCCCCCCCCAAAAAAAUACUCUGAGGUAAGCUAGUGAGAUGCUGCUUGAUUCUGGAUAGUCGUCUACACGCCUUCAUGACCGCCAAUCGGCUAUCCUCCAUUCCUAGCAGCCUGACUUAAUCCCCUACUAAUACCAGGGUCAGGGAGCCUCCUUUUUUUCACCUUUAUUUAACCAGGUAGGCUAGUUGAGAACAAGUUCUCAUUUACAACUGCGACCUGGCAGUGAGCCUGCCUGCCUGGAGGAAGGGCAGGACAGAGUGGCCAGCCUGGAGUUCUGGGCAGACAUAGCACCACCAUCACCACUAUGCUUAUUAAACCAUAGCUAUUGCCCUUGUGUCAAUGUAGCAUUAAACAAGUGUUCUCUUUAAAUUUUUGAGAUUAUAAACCCAUAUUCAUGCAAGCAAACUUCAACAACACACUCUCAUGCACAAUGUCUAUAAAUGUCAAACAUCCCACAUGAAGAAAUACUAUAGUCUGCACUAUGGUAGGACUACUACAGUAUUCACUGUAGUGUUUUUGCUAAAUUUACUGUAGUAUUUACUACAGUAUACUGUAGUAUUUACAGUUUACUAUAGUAUAAAUACUGUAGUAAAAACAAGCAGUAGUGUAUACUAUAUUCAUUACGGUAAUGUUUUUGCAGACUGUAGUAUACUGUAGUAUUUACUGUAGUGUUUUUGUUUUAUUAUCUUUGACAUAGAAGUGGGGGGCAUUCUCCUUGAAGAAACCUACUGGAGAAAUACUCCGAGUAAAUUUUCCAUAACCUGUAGGUAGUACUGGGUUCUGACACGGAGAGUUCAGAGCUUCUACUCUUUUCUAUAACCAUAGGGAACACAAUAUAUGGUCUGUACUUGGCAUGUAGGUUUCAAACUUACGGGUGGCCCAAAUUGGGACUUGGGGGAGGGGAAUGGGCAAAUGUACAAAUUAUAUACUGUAGUAUUUACUAUAGUUUAAAAAUAUAUGUUUUUGUGGACUGUAGUAUUUUUGCAGACUUUGUUGUACUAUUUACUAGUGUUUUUUUGUGGAUAAUACUGUAGUAUUUACUAUAGUAUUCUACAGUACUACAAAAUUCUAUACUAAGUCCUACACAUGAUCGAGGGAUACUACAGUGUAUACAAUUUUAUAGUAUACUACAGUUUCCUACAUACUUCUAUAUACUGUAGUAUUAUAGAAUAAACUGUAGUAUUUUUUUAUGAGGGACACUACGACACACACUCAUGAUGCACAAUGUCUUACACUAAUAGUAUGUAAUAUGAUUGAUGCACUAAUUCUUGUUCUUUGAGUAACAUAACCAUUUCAUCUGUAUGCAUUCUGCCAUAUGUGCUUCAAUGUCUCUUUGAAAUGCUGUUUACUUACAUGUCACACUUAUUUUUUGUCAACAUUUAGUUUGAGUAUUAUCAUUUGUAGUUUUUUAGCAACUAUGUUUGUCUUGAUUUCAAUGGGAUUCUGAUAUGUCCCAGCUUGGUGUAAUGAGACCAUCUUACUGGAUGUAAGAUAUGCAUAGUUGCUCCAUAUUCUACUUGAAUCUGACAGUCAUCUUCUGGAUUGUGGUACUUGAUUAAAAAAUAACAAUGUACAACUAUAGUUCCUUUUAAAUUCAACAUCUUUAAAAAAAAAAGCACCACCAAAAAACAUGCUGUGAGGUGCCAGUAUUCAACUCGCAGAUGUUAGGAAAGGAACACAGGCUGACUUUUUGCCAAGCCAAUCGUAUCAAGCUAUUCUGGUGCUAGACUUGAAAUUGUCUAGUUGGGCAUAAUACCAGGAUGAUAUGGGCGUCUUUCAGGACAAUCGCUACUAAAGUAUUCUGGACUUUGCAGGGGGUAAAAUAGAUGCAGCUGCUCUGGACUUUGUUGGACAGAAUUGAAGUGUUGUUCGAGCUGUCCACAUCGCUGUUGGGUCUAAUGUAGGUGUGAAGGUAAGCAUGUAGAACGAGUCUGAAACAUUGAAGUUGAGGUAUACUGUACAUGUACUCUGGUGGCUGUUUUUAAACAUAACGCGUGUAACCAGUACGUUUACUAUUAUGUAAAAUCUUAAAUCAACCAAUUAAAGUUCAAACGUUCGUCAUAA